GCCCAGUCGGAGCAGAAUUGGUGCGCGCCGGUCCGUCCCUGUGUAGAGUCGGUCUGCGAUGGGGGAAUACCUGAAUAUAGUCCGCCGGGCUGCGGGUCAAAUCACCGGGCACGGCGGAGUCCGGGGGCUCCUGCUGCAGCUCUUCAGGGUGAAUGACCUGAAGACAGGAGCGCUGAUCGGAGUCGACAAAUACGGCAACAAGUACUAUGAGGACAAUCGUUAUUUCUUCGGGCGUCACAGAUGGGUUGUGUAUACUACAGAGAUGAACGGCAAAAGGACAAUGUGGGAUGUUGAUGGCAGCAUGGUACCUGCUGAAUGGCACCGCUGGCUGCACUGCAUGACGGAUGACCCUCCCACCACACAUCCUCCCGAGCCCAAGAAGUUCCUGGCCAAGGUUCAUCAGAUUAAUGUGAGCGGAUCCUCUGAGUGUUAUGUUCCAUAUUCCACCACUCCCAAGAAGAUCCACGAGUGGGUUCCUCCGAAGGUCGGGCAGCAGUGAUUCUCUGGAAACCUGAUCCAUCUUCAGUCUGGCUGAGCAUUCUGUACAAUAUUGCUGUAAAUUAAUUAAACUUCUAAAUGUAA